AUGUCCACCUCCAACCCCUUCAAGCAAGCCGCCGAAGCCGCGCGCAAGAAAACCUCCGAGGCAGUGGACGCUACAAAACGGCUAGCUGCAGACAGUCCCGUCGGCAAGAACGACCUGCUACACACGCCGUUCAUGCGGGGCGCGCUGCCAUUCAUAAACGGCGGGCUGGCAGGCAUGGCAGCAACGACCGUGAUCCAGCCGAUCGAUAUGAUAAAAGUGCGCUUGCAGCUCGCAGGCGAGGGAGCGAGAACGGGGCCCAAACCAUCACCGUUGUCAGUGACGAGAGAGAUCAUCGCCGCGGGGAAGGUCAUGGAUCUAUAUACCGGCCUGUCGGCAGGGUUGUUGCGUCAAGCUGUGUAUACGACUGCGCGGCUGGGCUUCUUUGAUACGUUCAUGAAAGCUUUGACAGUGAGGGCACAGGAGAAGGGAAACAAGAUUGGCUUUGCGGAGAGAGCGGGUGCUGGUUUGAGUGCUGGGGGUCUUGCGGCUAUGAUUGGCAACCCGGCCGACUUGGCGCUCAUUCGAAUGCAAUCUGAUGGCUUGAAGCCGGUCGCUGAGAGGAAGCAGUAUAGGUCUGUGUUUCAUGCCCUGAAAAGCAUUGCCAAAUCCGAGGGAGUAGGAGCUCUCUGGGCUGGCGCAGCACCUACAGUCGUCCGAGCCAUGGCGUUGAAUUUCGGACAGUUGGCUUUCUUCUCGGAAGCCAAGCAACAGCUGAAAGAUACAUCUCUAAGUCCGCGAACGCAAACACUAACUGCGAGUGCCGUUGCUGGAUUCUUUGCUAGUUUCUUCAGCUUGCCGUUUGACUUUGUGAAGACGAGGUUGCAGAAGCAACAGAAGGCGGCCGAUGGGACACUUCCUUAUAAGGGAAUGAGCGAUUGCUUUAGAAAGGUGGCCAAGGAAGAGGGUUUGUUGAGAUUUUAUAGAGGGUUUAGUACUUACUAUGUGAGGAUCGCGCCGCAUGCGAUGGUAACUUUAAUCGUUGCAGAUUGGCUCGGCUUCAUCACAAAGUGA